AUGUUGAGCAUCCUUGCCGUGUCUGGCGAAACGGUCGCGAGCCUCACGAACGACGAGUUCAGAAAGCUGGUUUCCGACCAGGGAAGCUCCGUUCGUGCACUCAAAAGCCACUUACACAGUGUGACUGGGCUGCCCAGAUUUCGCCAGAGGAUUCUUAGUCACCUGGGUCUUGAACUACAAGACGAUGUUGACUUGCAGAUGCAUGUCCCCUGCAGCCUUCAGCUGGUGAAGCUAAGCUUUGAUGAGGAGGCCACCUGCCAACAUCACAACCAGAUGCUGCGGAGCAUCGAGCGGCGUGAUUCGAGCGGAACGGAGGCCUUGCUGCGGAAGCUGGUGAAUCCUGACCAUCGUUGCCCGAAGCAUGAUCGCUCUGCACUGCAAGCUGCCAUUCAGUGUGGAAACCUCGCAGCUGUGCAGCUGCUGCUUGAAGCUGGCACAGACCUGAAUGGGACCCCUUACAAGUACCUGGGCUAUGAACCUAAAUUCAAAUGUGUGGAACACGAGGCGACUGGCACGCCAAUUUUCCAAGCUGUUGAAACGAGGCCUGACAUAGGGGCAUUCGAACUAUCCAAAGAGAGGAAACGCAAGGUCGUUGCUGCUUUAAUUCACGGACGAGCAGAUAUCACUGUAACGAACAGUCUCGGUAAGACGCCGCUCAGAAAGGCUAUUGACUGCUGCGACGUGCCUCUUGUGCAACUGCUGCUCGAACUUCGUGCGGAUCCCAACCUAGCUGGUCCGGAAGCACCGCUACAUUGGGUGAUAGGAAACCACCUGCGGAGCCCUUAUAGCAGCACAUAUCCCAUGAUGGAAGCCUUGCUGGUUGCCAGAGCGAGUCUUUCGGACCAUGGCCCGAUCGAAAAGUCGCUGGUGUACCUGGCGACACAAAGGUAUUCCUCCCCGGAGAACUUGAGGCUCAUACUCAAGUGGCGGGCUGAUCUCAAUGCCGUUGACAUGGAGACUGGGGAGACUGCACUGGUGCGUGCAUGUUAUGAGUGCGACAUACUGCGGGUCAAAAAGUUGAUCGGGAUGCGUGCAAAUGUUCACAAAGCCGAUGCGACGGGAGCGACACCACUUCAUGCUAUUUGUGGUCCAACGAAACCUAUGGAACGGAGAUGGGACAACCACGAUAUCCUAAACAGACUUUGUGAGGAAACACACCUCGAUGUUUUAAAGCUGCUGGUGGAAGCUCGUGCCAAUAUCGACGCAUGCAUGAAGGAUGGAAGGACAGCCCUACAGCUCGCAGUCCAACACCAAAAAGACACCCUCGCCAGCUUUCUCAAGAAGCGGAAGGCCGAUGCUGAAGCCGCCAUGGCGAGCCCCGAAGUGUCCACGCCAAGAAGGGCGAUACUGCUCCUGUCCCGGGGUGACAAACGACCCCGGGCAGUCUGA